GUAUCUCCUCCCCUCCCCCUCCUCCCUACCCCCGCUCCACCGAAAAUUGGGCCCGUGGUUGCCCACCGCCUGACAUCUGCAAGCUGCAUGCCCACGAGUGCCCGCUUGGAAUUUGCAAUCAGCGAUAGCAGCAAUGACUUCAAAAUGGAGAACUAGUGAACCUUGGUAUUCUCACCCAGUGUAUGCAAGAUAUUGGCGACAUUAUCAUCAUGCAAUGGUUUGGAUGCGAACCCACCAGAAUGUCUACAGGAAGUCCAGGAAUUCCUGUCUCACUUCCCCAUGGUUCUACCCUCAAGGAGUUCUUCCCUGGAACCCUGUUGCUUAUGAGGCUGGGCAUCCUUGGAACUAUCAAGGCCAACACAUGGUCUGGCAGGAGCCUCCCUACAGUGUUUCCCAUCUCCAAAGCUCUGGGCAGCCUCUGUAUGAUAGCAGUAGAUUCCAGGCAACCACAAGAGAAGAUGAAGCCCCAUAUGAAGAGGAAGAGAUGGAGUCGGAUUCAGAUAAUGAAAUAGAAUGCGACCUGAGCAAUAUGGAAAUCACCGAGGAGCUCCGCCAGUACUUUGCAGAGACUGAGAGGCACAGAGAAGAGCGGCGGCGACAGCAGCAGCUAGAAGCGGAGCGCCUGGACGACUAUGUAAAUGCCGACCAUGGGCUGUACUACAACCACCACCGGUCCACAGAGCCUCCCUCGGAGAAGCCUGGGGAGCGGCGUCAAGCCGAGAUGAAGCGUUUGUAUGGGGACAGUGCUCCCAAGAUCCUGGCCAUGGAGGCUGCUGUGCAGAUGAGCUUUGACAAGUAUUGUGACAAAAAGCAGCCAAAAUAUUGGCCUGUCAUUCCCCUGAAGUUCUGAGUCGUGGGCACAGUGACCUUGGGGAAAGCCUCCUGAACACAAUUCCUCGCCUUUCCCUCCUCUGGAUGUGUUCUCUUCAUUUCUCAUGGACAUUUUUCAGAGAAAGAGGCCUAUAUACCAAUACAGUGGAUACGAUCUGUCAGCCACUUAGAAUUCUGUCAGCAGGAGGUACACUGUUGCCGACACAAGAAAUGUCCCCUAAUCAUAUAUAUUAUACUUAUUAUACUGGCUCUUGAUUAACUCCCUAAUAGAGUUCAGUUCAUGGACAUUUUUGCCUAGAGAUACAAUGGUUUGCAUUUGUAAUUUCCUUCUUUAAGCCUUCCUGGAUGUCACAAAAGCCUUAAGCCACAUGUCAUUCUUUUUUUUUUUUUUUUUGAGACCAGUUCUCAUAUAACCCGUUAGCCUCAAACUCUUAAAUCCUCCUCCUUCCACUUCCCAACUGCUAGCUUACAGAUGUGCACCCCAUUCUAGGCUCUAAUCCACAUGUUCUCACUGACUGUAACCCUUUGGAUCCCUCUGAAAAUGAUACAAGAGUACAGUAAGGAAAAUGGCACUUGCUAUUCAGCGAGGUGUCAGCCUACGUGCUCUCUAAAAGGCCCGAGAGCAAUGCUCUGGGCUUGGCAGGCCAUGUGCUCUGUCUCCUAACUGCCUAACCCCGACUUUACAGCGUCAAAACAGCCAUGGAUACUGAGUAAACAAAUGAACUUGACUGUGUUCCAAUAAAACUUAAUUUGUAAAAUACAGGCCAUGGACUGGAUCUGAUCUGCAACUGCUGCUGUAACAAAGUGAAAAUCACCCAUCUGACAUUCUUAUUUUGCUUUCUGUCCAGACCUUGGAUGUCAAACAAUUGAUAGCAAGGAACAGGAAUUCCCCAAUCUGGUCACUUUUGCAGCCUCUUGUUGUCAGAAUGCACAGUUGAGCUCUUACUGCA